AGACCCAUCAUUAUCUUUUAUUAUAUGUAUAGCAUCAUCGUGUUCUUUUCUGAGCCAAACAAUAAUACACACUUGGAUGUGUACAUAAUGUACACAUAGUUGGCUUUUUCUGCCACCCCGUGUCUCUACAAAUAAUUUGAAUAAAAGCACGUACAAUUCUGUGUGCAUGGACUCGGAUUUUCAAGGCUUCUUCCUUUGUACCGGUUGGUAUUUAACAAGGGUUAAUCACAGUUACCAUUUGUGAGUUUUUCUUUGUUAAAAAGUCCUAGUUCCUUUUGGAGGCUAUUGAAACAAAAGCAAGUAGAUUCCUGAUGUUAUUCCCUUACACCUUUCUGCCUUUUGAUUCCCAAGACGAGGAAAAAGUCCAUUUUUUCUCAUUAGAUCAAGGAGUUUUUUUGAACAAAGAUUUUGAUGAAGAAGAUGUGAGGAGUGUAGCCAAUGGGAGAGAUGAUUAUGGCCAAAAAACCACAAGGGCAUUCAAGGAGUCUUGUGAUUCUUCUUCUGCAUGUCACCUACCUGUUGCUCUAAGAAAGAUUCCAAGGGCUAAUACUACUGCUCCUUUGGUUAAAGGGUCCUCAGCCCCUAUGGAUGUCCCUGAUUGGUCAAAAAUUUAUGGAAAGAGUUGCAAAAAGGGGUCAAGGGGUGAUGUUGGUGUAAGCAACAAGGGUGAUGAUGAUGAUGAUGAUGAAAUGAUUCCUCCACAUGAAUGGAUUGCUAGGAAGCUUGCAAGGAGCCAGAUUUCAUCUUUCUCUGUGUGUGAAGGGAUGGGGAGGACACUGAAAGGGAGAGAUCUCAGCAAGGUGAGGAAUGCUGUUUUGACCAAAACUGGCUUCAUAGAGAAGUAGUCACUCAAGUCAUCAUCCAUGUCAUGUCAUCCUAUAAGCUUCAAAUUUUGCCAUACCACAAUCAAAUCAUCUAUAUUGAUAGAUUCGGGUCCCAUGCAAUCGUUUUCUUUUUUCUCAAAUAUAAUCCCUUCCUUUUUAAUAUUUUUAUUUUUAUUCAAAUACAUUGUCACCAACAAGUAGUUAGUCGAGUAUUUGGAUUUAGUUUUCUUG